AUGGACCGGGCCAGGUCCGUGGAGAGGCCGAACUCAAACACGAAGAAAAACCACUCAGGACAAAAGAAGAAGAAGAGGCGCAGGCGCUCUUCAUCUUCUUCAUCCUCCUCUUCCUCCUCAAGCAGCAGCAGCAGCGCACGCAAACACCGGCACAAAGCCAAAAGAGAUCGGAAAAAACGCAAGAGAAGUUCUUCCUCCUCGUCCACCUCCUCCUCGUCCUCCUGCAGCUCCUCAUCUUCAUCAGAGGAGAAGAAGAAACGUAAGCACCGCAAGCAGAAAAAGAGCAAGAAGAAGAAGAAGAAAAAGAAGAAGGCAAAAGUUCAGAAGGAGACAAAGAGGAAGCCCAAUCCCUUUCUGCCCCCCCCCUCACCUCAGCUCAGCGCUCCGUCUGGACCUGGACCUGGACCUAGACUACUGCCUGGAGCUCUGUUUGGACCACAGCCUGUUCCCGCUUCUCUGGAAGUGUGGCAAAGCGAGGACACUUCUGAGGAUUUUGGACCAGUGAUGACAGACGAGCAGAAGGCGCGGCUGUCCACCAGGAGGCCCCUGACCAAAGAGGAGUACGAGGCCAAACAGAGCGUGAUCCGGAGAGUUCUCGAUCCAGAGACCGGGAGAACCAGACUGGUGAGAGGAGAAGGAGAAAUCAUCGAGGAAAUAGUGAGUCGGGAAAGACACAAAGAAAUUAACAAGCAGGCGACCGCAGGAGACGGGAACUCUUUCCAGAGACGAGUGGCCAGAGAGAUCUGUCCUCUGCACCUGGCCCACCCUGCAGCCGCCGGGAGAGGCCCCUCACAGAGCAGCUCCCAGAGGCCCGGCCCCAAACACUGA